UAUUUAACGCUUAAUAAGUGCAAAUUAUCUGGGGAUAGAUUCAUUUCUGUUCGCCCUUCUGUUUUUCUCCCGAAAACCCUAACCCGUACGUACCUAUGUCUCUUGUUCAGCUCGAUUUACAGUGUUUUUGAAUUUGAUCCAGAGAUCUAGUUUAGGGUUUUAGUUUGAUCUCGAUGGGGUUUUUUGAGGGAUCUUAGGGUUCUGGGCACCUACAUUUGGGAUUUCUUUGUUUUCGGUUCCGAGGUUUAGGGUUUUGGGAGUUUUUGCUGUUGUUAAGAAGGAAAAAGAGCGACAAUUUUGGGGGGUUUUCUGGGGUUUAAAGCGAAGGAAGGAUUUUGAUUACUCCUCACUUCUCAAUUACAUAAUUUUGGAGCUUGAUCUGUUAGAAACGGAGUUCACCGUUUAGAUCCCAGGAAGGGUCCGCAUUUUUUGUGAUUUUUCUGGAAAACAAAAAGUUGGGUCUUCUCCCCCCUUGGUUUCCGUAAGAUUAAGGUCACAAUGGAUUUCUUCAAUGUCAAACGUUUUAGGAAAAUUCGCAAGCCGAAAUGUGAAGAAGAGGCAGAUCAAGAGAAGAAUCCCUUGCCCGACGAAUCGAAGGGUGAGAUUACUACUGAUUCGGUGGGGAAGACAGUUACAGAGGAAGAAGAAGCUGAUGACGAGGAUGAUGAUGACGAUUUCAUUACGAAUGAGGUGAAGAGGAGGCUGAAGGAGCUGAGGAAGAACAGCUUCAUGGGUGAGAUCCCUGAAGAGACGUGCCCCGAAGAGGAGGAAGAGGAGGAGGGGGAGACGAGAUCAAGUGAAUGGAGGGAGACUGAGGUUGAGGAUAUGUAUGCUUGGUGCGGAUUCGAUACAUUGUAUAACAAGUAUUGUGAGAGGAUGCUUUUAUUUGAUAAGAUGAGUGCUCAGCAGUUGAAAGAAACAGGAUCAUGGAAUGUUUCAAAUCAUUCACCAAGAUCAACUACAAAGAAGUUGGCUUUGACCCUUCGGAACCUCUCAUUCAAGAAGCGAGAUGAACACCAUGAAGACUGUGAACAGCUACAGCAGUCACAGGAGGAAGACCCUUACCAUAAUCUUGAAACUGCUUAUGUGGCACAAGUUUGUCUGUCUUGGGAAGCUCUUCACUGCCAGUACAUGCAACUAAGCCAUAAAAUCUCCGCCCAACCUGAGGAUCCCUCAGAUUACUGCCAUGCUGCUCAGGCCUUUCAGCAAUUCCAGGUUCUGUUGCAGAGAUUCAUCGAGAAUGAGCCUUUUGAGCAGGGACCAAGGGUGGAGACUUUUGCCCGGGCUCGGUUUUCUCUUCGAAUGUUACUUCAAGUUCCCAAUUUCCAAGGUUUGGACCAUAAUGAAAAUGCUAGAGACACUUUGGAUGCACCAGUCUUGGCAUCUGACCUCCUAAACAUCAUGGAGGAGUCAAUCUUAACUUUCCGGCUUUUCUUGAAAUUGGACAAGAAGAAGUCAAGCCAUGCUAUGAAUUUAUUCAAAGGUCAUAGCCAAGAUGCAAGCUCCCUUCACCAGGUUCAGGCCUCCCUCGACAAGAAGGAGAUCAAAGUAAAAGAACUCUCCAAGAAAAAAUCAUGGAAGAAGAAAUCCUGGCCUUCCUUCCCAUCAGAAGUAGAGCUGCUCUUAGGGCUAAUCGACAUUAAAGUUGUAUCCAGGGUUCUAAGGAUGGUGAGGAUCAGCAAAGAACAGUUGCUUUGGUGCGAAGAGAAGAUGAGCAAGAUUGAUUUAUCUGAGAACAAGUUGCGACGCAAUGCAUCCCCAAUCCUAUUCCCUUGUUGACUGCUAUUGAUGGUGGCUAGUAUAGUAUCAUCUUUUAGAUGAUGUAGACCAAUGGGGUUUUUUUUUUUCAAUCUUUUUCUGUUUGUAAAUUAUGAAAACCUUGGAUCCCUAUUGGAGGCAUGUUAUGGCUGUGGAUUCUGUUGUUCCAUCCCUUUUUCUCUACUUCUUUCUAUUGAAUGGUGCUGGAGUCUUUGUUAGGGUUC